UUCAAUCCUCAUACGGAGACUCAGUUUCAAUGUUACUGACAAAGUCAGAGUUUGCUUGAUAUCACACGUACAAAAAUAUGCAUGACGCGAUGUCAGAGACGCGAGAAAAAAGCGUUAGGAAGUGGCUCGGUGAAGGCCAGUGCCCCCUGUAAGAAUGUAUCAAUAUUUGUGCAUUCGAAUGUUCCGACUAGAAGCGACAAGAACAAAUAAUCUUAAGAGGAAGCUUUAGCUCGGGUGCUCCUAUCUGAAAACAUGUAAAAGGAGAAUUCGUUUUUCUCUGCAACCACUGCACCAAAGUUGACGAGGUUUGUUGUAUUGAAAAUAAAAACUUAAAAUCUAAAGACAGUUGCUCUCGAAUUUUUUAUUUAGGUUGUGAAUUUUUUAUUAAAAAUUGGCGACAAUCUAAAAUUUGCAAAAGACGAAACUAUCAUGUUUACAACUCUGUAACUCAUCAACGAAAAAUGAUAAUGCAAUUCUGUGAAAUUUAUCUAAUAGUACAACCAAAGCGGACAAAAUUGAUACGUUACACAUGAAUGUCAAAAAAGUUUAAUAACAUGGAAAUACAGCUUUUGCAGAACCUUUGUGAACAACGUAACAAAUUCACGUAAGAUGUAAAAUUACAUAUUAAAUUUGUGCGCUUUCAAUGGUCUAAUGGAUUCCGUUCACAGAACCGCGAUAUCUGUUCUGUAUGCAGAGCUAUGAAUUUUUAAGCUUCGUGCUUCUAUAUUUUUUUUUAACUUCCGUAUUUUUGAAAAUUUUUGUAACAAAAUUCAAGCCCUUAAUCAAAAUUCCGCUUCCAAUUAAAACAGUAACUAGAAUUUAGCUUUCUCUCUCAAAUGCAACAAAUUUCAUUAAAAUCGGUCCUGGGGUUAUCUCAUAAAAGCGUUCUUGCGUUUUACAUGUAUUUGAAUAGGCCGCGUCGGAGUUGGGCCGGAGCUCAAGCUUCCUCUUAAACACAGCGCGCAAACCAAAAAUAAUGUCAUAACUCACUUUACUACUGGAAGUAACGUAAAGAUAGAGCACUUUAGGAGGUGCAGUACUAGGUUUGACAAGAGGAGCGACGUGUUGCUUCGUAUAACUGCUAUUAAUUGUUCUUAUUUCUCGCGUCAAAAAGGCCAUCUCCGCUCCGCGCACAUUAACAUGCGUAUCUACUGCGGCUGGGUUUGCCGGCAUCUCGUCGGAUAUACAAGGUCGCGUCACAUAGCAACUAUGUACUUACAGAAGGAAGCUCGCGUCAGUUUUCCCUGUGAUUUUCUGUGGCAGCUACCGCUUUGAGACGCUUUGUGCCGCAGCACCAUCUUCGAGACCGACCUAGGUCGGUGACAGAAAGGCGCACUCUAAAGGAAAACUAAAUUCUGGGGUUUUACGUGCCAAAACUUCGAUCUGAUUAUGAGGUGCACCGUAGCGAGGGCCUCCGGAUUAAUUUUGGCCUGCCGUGAUUCUAUAAAAAGAUGCGCCCUAUUCGCAUGUUACAAUGCAUGGCGAAAGUGAGACACAUAUGCUGGCGGCGAAGUGCAGUCACAGCCGCGCGUCUGUUGCACAUUUCUUUAUUUCCCUUACGAUCGGACACAUCACUGGCCAUGUGCGCCGGAAACCACUUCAUGUCGGAUCGCGGCAACGCAAACCACAACGAGACGGUGAACGCGGCGGCGUGAGGGCUAACCAACCGUACCGCCGCUACUGCGGUCGACCCGUCGUGGUAGUGAGAAAGCAAGCAACAAAAUUGUGAAGUGGUACAGACUAGAGAGAAGGACUAUGCCGCCACCUCAUACGGGCUUGACCCGUAAGGAAGCGGUGCUAUACCGACAACUUCAGACGGGGUCUUUAUUCAUCCCGGUGCUGAUGAGGCACGUGUGUCCGAGUGUUUAUGUGAGUGACCUGUGUUGUGUGUGCCGAAAGGAAAGAGCCACUGCAGCUCACAUCCUUUGGGACUGUGCCAAGAAUCCACACCAAGCUGCAACGAUGAAAACGAUCUCGCCGUGGCUCGGUAGCCGCAACGAGGUGCUACGAUCACGAGGUCCAAGCCCAGGCCGUCCAGCAGAUCUCGGCGGCCCUCGAAAGGUAACAACCGAGCGAAACCGGAGGUCGGCUGCCCCAAAAGAGGGGCAGGCGCGGUCGACCAAAGGGAGUAGUGCGGCCACUGCCGGAGUAGAAGCGCCACACGCCGGGAAGACGUCAUGGCCGCGUCACGGUGACACCUCCCUUAGAGGGGAAGGCUAAUCGUUCAGCAGGCAUUCCCGAUAAGGUUGCUUCGCACUUACGAUUGGUUUCCUUUGUAUAUCAAUUUAUUUAAUUUUUCUUUUCGUACUCCCACCCAAUUGUGGUAUUAUCAUCACCAGCAAGAAGCGGACCUCACUCGGCUCGUGAUGCUCCUGCUAUGAGCGACCCCAGCUUUGAGCAGGUUCCGAGCUAAACGUGGAAUAAAGGGACGUUCCACAGAUGUACGACUGACUGGUGUCAUGCGUCGCAGUACAGAUUUGCAGCUUAGCCUCCACAGUGGGUGUAUGCCAUUUCGGAGGACAUCAUCGUCAUCAUCAUGAAUGUGCUUUGACAGGAAGAAGCGGAACGCCAGGGUCGAAGGAGGUGGACGGCUUGGGACAACAGCCAUUUCUUAGACGCUAGUCGUCAAGAUAUCAGCAAAUCGAAUGAUAACGACAUGCCUGCACCGGCGCCCGACGAAGUAGACACCGCGAUCGUAAAUCUGAACAUCAACGAAGGGCUGCAAGAACAAGAAGAUGCGAUGAAGGCAGCCAUCGCUAACCACAACGCCGCCGACGAAGAGUCAUUGGAAGACAACGACGAAGAGAUGCCUGCGCCCGCGUUCGACGACGGUGCGAUUGUGAAUAAUGCUGACGGAUUCUUGCAAGAACCUGAGGAAGCGGUGGAAGCGGCGAACCACAACGCCGACGAAGGGGAGUUGGAAGAAUACUACGACGAACAAGUAGUCAUUCAGCUGAUCCAUGCCGCGCUCUACCAGAUAUGCCUGCUCAUUGGAUCACUGGUCAUCGGCGUCUCCUCUGCGGUCUACAUGUAUCGGGUGGAGACGUCGCUGAACUGGUGGAGCGAAGAAGCGGCCCGCGGGCACGUCUUGCUGCCCGUCGGACUGGUGUGCUGGCUGAAAUGGCGGGCCCAUGCGUUCCUCGCUGCGAACCUGCUCGCGUCCAUAGUUGGGUUCCUGGGUUCGCUGCGUGUCAACCUGCACCUCCUCCUCUUCUACAUCAUCGUGGUGGCGGUGUUCAUCCCGGCCCCUUUCGUCGUCGUUGUCUGCUGCCUCCUGCCGCACUCCAUGAGCUGCUACGUAAGCCACGUGACCCAGCUUGGUUUAUCACCACUAUAGAGAUUCCUUCUAAGAAUACUAUAGGUAACCACUGGAUCGUGGAACUAUACCAGUGCAUCAAUUAGCCAAAAAUUAGUCCUUGCUUCAAACUGUUUUGGGACUCUGCGAAUCGCCCAUAUUGCGCCAAAAUAUGGCGAUACAAGUGCAACAAUUUCCAAUUAUUGCGAAUGUGCGCACAGUCUGAAAUUGCUUUCUGCGUUUAGCAAAGCAGGAUUGCUUGAAAAUGUAAGCCAAUGAUGGCAGAUAGUAUUUUGAAGUCACAAGAUCUGAAGCCAUAAGCAUGAUGAUCGCACAAAGCCGUGCACCAACCAUCAAUCCAUCGUUGGCUGAACAACCAACAUUUACAUCCACGGAGGGAGGAGAAGUUAAAAGAAAGGAUCGCGCAACACGGUUGAAGCCAAGACGUAUCGGCCAAACACGUGAUCGUGAACUACCGGGAACCAGAUGUUCUCGGCCAAUACACUUUUUCGUAGAGGUCGCUUGCUGGGCCAAUGCUGCGAGACAAAAGGAAGCGAGGAGGAUGGCUUCACGGAGAAUUCCCUUGCCAAGGCUGGCUGCGUGACAUAUUGCUGUCGCCUUGUUUGUUUUAAUGCGAAAGCAUUGUAUGUCACAUCACGCGAAAAUCCGUGGGCGUCGGCGGGCCGCAAGAUGGUACCAAAAUUGGCCGACGGCGCAAGGAGUAAAAACAUGUUAAAUUUCUCAGGGGCGUUCCUGGAAACAAAGUAAUGGCCUUGAAAAGAAAAUUUGCUACAUUUCGAUCUGGGUGAGAAUCGAACUCGGGGCUCCUGGGCGCGAGACACGCGCCCUCUACGCCACGGCGGCUCCACUGGUCUGGCUCAUUAAAGGUGUGGCCUGGUGCGUGCGUCAUUGGCCACGUGAAGGGUUAUCCAAUGAGGAGGAGGUUGCGCCACGCCAUGACUGUAAAAUGAGUUCGCUAAUGACGUUACGAGGUCUACAAACUGCAUAAUGUUUUAGCAUUCGUACGCGUAAGCAGUCUUAAGUGUCUAUGUUUCGUGCUUACAGCUCCCGUGGGCAUCAUAUAGGAAACUCCGCGCUGAUGAUGGUUCAGUCCUUGUGGGGAGUGAUAGCUAUGAAAUUUUGUUUUCACGAAGUUUCCCUGUCGUCGCGUUUACUUGUCAACAAUCUCGCC